GUUUUUAAAAAUCCCAAUUUGUUUUAGCCUAGUCACCGGAGUAAAAAUAGUAAGCGAAUUAUUUGGAUACAAUUUAGAUCUAAUUAAUAGAUCUAGAAAAAAAAAUAUACGGAUUUUACAGAAAAGAAUGUCAAGAGGAAGUAGUGCUGGAUUUGACAGAUUUAUUACGAUAUUUUCGCCCGAGGGAAGGCUGUAUCAAGUUGAAUAUGCUUUUAAAGCUAUCAACCAAGGAGGAUUAACUUCAGUAGCUGUUAGAGGCAAAGAUAAUGCUGUUGUAGUAACACAAAAGAAAGUUCCAGACAAAUUGUUGGAUUCUACAACUGUAACACACCUUUACAGACUUACAGACACAAUAGGGUGUGUCAUGACUGGAAUGAUAGCUGACAGCAAAUCUCAAGUUCAGCGUGCUCGUUACGAGGCUGCUAAGUGGAAAUACAAUUUUGGUUAUGAUAUUCCAGUAGAUAUGCUGUGUAAAAGGAUAGCUGACAUUAACCAAGUUUACACACAAAGUGCAGAGAUGAGACCUCUUGGUUGCUGUAUGAUUCUAAUUGGGUAUGAUGAGGAAAAUGGUCCACAAGUAUACAAGACUGACCCAGCUGGUUAUUAUUGUGGGUUCAAAGCUACUGCAGCAGGAGUGAAGCAGCUUGAAGCUAACAGUUUUUUGGAGAAAAAAAUCAAGAAAAAGAAUGAAUUUACAGAUAGUGAAGCAGUAGAGAUUGCCAUUACCUGCUUGUCAACAGUUUUGUCAGCUGACUUUAAAGCAUCAGAAAUUGAAGUUGGAAUAGUAUCAAAGGAUAACCCUAAAUUCAGGGUACUAGCUGAUAAUGAAACAGAUGUUUACCUAGCAUCAAUUGCAGAAAAGGAUUAAUGGAAAUUAGUCACACAUUUAAGUUAAUUUUUUCUCAUCACUUGUUCAUUUGUUUUGUCAUUUUUCCAACUAUACACACCAGUGUGUAUCUUAAUUGUUUAUCUGAAGGAGAAGAUGAUUAUAAAUACAAUUUUUUUUUUAAUAAACAUAAAUGUAUAACAAACCUUUAUUCUGUCUGUUUUAAUUUUGCUAUUGUAAAGUUAGAGAACAAUAAAGCUUUGAAUGU